AUGGAAAACAAAUAAUAUAAGAUUGCCUUGUAUUCAAUUCCUCAAGGUAUGUUUAGCAAUAGUUAAUGCAUUAAUCUAUAUGGUGAUCAAUGCGAAUGGUCUAUGUUUUUUAUAGAAAAUUUUAAAUUCAAAGUGGUUAUUUAUCAGAAUAAAAUCAAUAUCUAGGACUUUGAGAUAAUCUUAGAUUAAUCGUCAUUUGAUGAGUAUUUUGAGUAUUUGAACUUUGACUAGAAUAGUUAAUAGGAGAUGUAAAAUAUAUUGAAUUCAAUGAAGAAGAUUCAAUCAUCCUCACAUAAUUAUUUCAAACUUCCAAGUGUUAAAAUAAAAGAUAAAGAUAAAUUAAUAAAGUUUAUCAACAAUUGUCUAAACUAAAUUGAAACACUAAUUAACGAAUAGAAAUAAAAAGAUGUUAAGCAUUAUUUAAAGGAGAAUUUAAUUGCCCUGAAUUUAGAUGUCAUUGACAAAUGUAAAAUAAGAGCAUCUUUAGUUUAAAAGAUAAAUGGUAGAAUUGACCUAAUAUUAAAGAAUUUCUAUUAAACUCAUUUGUCUUAAGAUUUACUUGGAUUUGCAGGUAGUUCCAUUUAGAUUACAGAUGAAUUUAUUUAAGAUAAAUUUCAUAUUGACUUCUUCACAUUAAAUGAAAGUGAGAAAUAAUUCAUUCUUAAAAAAAUUACUAACUAUUUCAAAUUGCAUGCUUAUAAUAGUUUGUAAGAUGGUACUGAUUUGGAUUGGAAAAAUGAGAAUCCAAUAUAAUAAAUAGACUAAAACUUCGGUGGAACGCAUAAAAUCAUGAUAGUAGAUCAAUAUAGAACUCCUAUUAACUUUACUUUGAUAGGAGUUCAUGAUAGGCCAGAAUUCGUAAGGGUGGACAUGUUUGACACUGAAAAGGUUCAAUAAAAUGGGCUCUUGUUCUUUGUCAAUGAGGAUCUAUGGAGAAGGAGAGAGGUUCAACCAUCUGUGAAGAAGAGCAAAUAGUCAAAAUACAAUAAGGAAUUCGCAAUUGCUGAAAAAUAUUAUUUGAAUGAGGUGCUGUAGGAGGGAGGUUGGAGAGUGAUUGAAAAAUUGAUAAUACCUAAGAAUUCGAUCUAAAUAAAUCAAGAGGGGAAAAUACAUCGGUUAGAAUAAUUUUUGAAUUGGAAAUCAAUUUACGAAAAUUGA